AUGGAUGACCUCACACCCAACGGAAACAACAAGAUAUUGUUUGGAAACAUAUUCAAAUCAGACGGGUUUUCUGCUGACCUUGUAUUUUAUCGAAGGGAAAGAAAGAAGAAUGACUCUGACGUCAAGAUAACUCUUGAAGACUUCAACUUCGAAGGGGUCAUCAAUCAAUAUCAACCAGUUUUCCUUGAUCCAGGACGUAAAUCAUUAUUUACAGCUGUUGUUGGUGUAGAGCCAGAUAAGCAGAUUCGGAAGUCAGUCACAAAAGAGUACUAUCAUUUGACAGGUAGUAUUGUUUAUAGCAAAAAACUUGAGUCAAGGAAAAAACGCUCUGGUAUCCUUACAAUCGAGUCCCAAAUCCCCACACCAAAAACAACAGAACCAGAUUCGUAUGAUGAUUAUAUCAAAUACAUGUUAGCACACCUUAACACGUUAUUGAUCUUUUACGGCAAGGAUACCGCAAGGUAUAAUUUCCAACUAUAUCAAGGCAGACAAAGGGCACCAGAAAUGGUAGCCAAUAUGUUAACUCAUGGUACUGCCGAGUACAACAGAUCGCAGAGGAGGAAAAAAAGAAAGAAGAAGAAUGUCAAGCGAGGGAAAAAAAAAGAAGAAAAAGUCCAAGACAGAUAG